AGGUUUACAAGCUAGCACUCCCGAGAGGCCCAAGGUUUCCGGACUAGACCAUUGAACUGCUACCAUGUCCUAGCCUAAUACAAAUGAAUCACAAAUUUCAGUAAAAUAUUCACCACAAAUCAUUCAAUACAAUACAAUAAUUUCUGAAAAAGUACUGAAUGGCCGAUGAAGCAAUAAAGGAGAGCACCAGGAAAACAAUAAUGUUAUUGUGAGUUGAGCUUAUAUAUAUAUAUAUAUAUAUAUACACACAGUAGUAGGAGAGUGAAGUAGCUAGGUAGUAACUAGCAAGUAUGAGUAGAAGAAAAUCAGGUGUCUCCAGAGUUCUUAAGCCAAUUCAAACAGCAAAAGUAGAUGGCGAAGAAAAUGUGGUUGUGGGUGAGCCAUUGAGUCCUAUAAGUCGUGUGUUACAUGAACCAGGGUCCAAUCUUCACCUCGUAAUUACCCUCGGCUGGAAAUCAAAAGUCCACCAUGACGUCUUGAAAUCCAAUCUCAUGCCUGAUCUCCUUAAGCACCGUCGUUUAUCUAGUUUGCAGGUUGGGAACAAAGAAAAUGGUGAAGAAAUUAGAUGGGUUCAAACAGAUGUGGAUGUGGACGACCAUUUCAUAGUCCCAGACUUGGACCACAAAAUGGAAUCGCCAAAUAAGUUCGUUGAGGACUACAUCUCCAACCUCAGUAACACCAGGUUUGACAUGUCGAAACCUAUGUGGGACUUCCACCACCUCAACGUCAAGACCUCUGAUGCCGAGGCGGUUAGCAUCCUUCGAGUCCACCACUCCAUCGGUGACGGCAUGUCAAUGAUGUCUCUGCUACUUGCUUGUAGUCGAAAAGCCUCUGAUCCCAAUGCUUUGCCAACCAUUCCAGUAACUAAGAGAUCCAACGUCACUCACUCUCGUGGAUUGUUGUCUGUUUUCAACAUGAUUUGGAGCAAUUUAAUAGCUAUAAUUGCAUACUUUUUGAAGGAUACAGAAACACCUCUGAAAGGUCCACUGGGCGUCGGGUCGAAUCCUCGACGUUUCGUUCACCGGAUACUUAGCUUAGAUGAUAUCAAGUUGGUGAAAAAUAGCAUUAACACUACAAUUAAUGAUGUCGUGGUUGGAGUCACACAGGCUGCUUUGUCCCGAUAUCUAAAUAGGAGAUACGGUGAAGGUAAGAGCGACCCAAAAAAGAAAAAUUAUCUUCCAAAGGACAUUCGUUUUAGAGCUUUAGUUUUCUUCAACAUAAGACGGUCCGCAAAGAUCCAUGAUUUGGUUGAUAUGAUGGAGAAGGGUAAAGAUGGCAGAUGGGGAAACAAGACUGGUUAUGUCCUCCUCCCUUUAAGUAUUGCAUUUCAAGAUGACCCAUUAGAUUAUGUUCGUGAAGCUAAGGUUGUUAUGGAUAGUAAGAAAGCUUCGGUUGAACCAAAUUAUGCAUAUUUUGUGGCCAAGUUUGUUAGCAAGUUCUUUGGCAGUAAGGCGGCCGGCGCUCUCUCUCGCAGAGUUUUCUCUAUUGCGACGAUGUGGUUCUCAAAUGUGGCUGGUCCUCGAGAAGAAAUCACUUUGUGCGGGCAUCCACUAGCAUACAUUGCCCCUAGUUGUUAUGGCCAAUCAAGUGCACUGCUGAUUCACGCCAUGAGUUAUGCUGACAAACUGACUUUUAUACUAUCCGUUGAUGAAGAAACCAUUCCUGAUCCACACCAGUUAUGUGAUGAUCUAGAAGAAUCACUCAAUCUCAUGAAGAAUGCUGUCUUUGAAGAUCGUGUCAAGAAUGCCUAGAGUAUAUAUACUGAAUGGGAGCUGUUAUUCACGCUCCACUUUUAUCCUCGGACGCUCAAUGGAUUUUUAUGACUUUGUCCCCUUUUUUUCAACUCUUUCAAUCUCCUUAGCUUGUUCUGAUUCCUCUUUUCGUCCCUUGAGUUUAUGAUUUUUUAUUUCUAUCCUCACAAAUUUUCUCCAAUGUGAAGAACAAUAAGAACAAAAGAAUCGAACGACACAGAGAGAAGCUAACCGAUGGUAUAGAACUGAACAAAAGAAUCGAAUAACAGACACGGAUAGUUUGGUAUCUGUGUAAAUGAACACACCCCCAUUAUGAUGUUGAAUAAUAAACUUGAUUUUAGUAUUUAGUAUUUUUAAGUAUUUUUAUAUCCAUGAUGCAUAUGUGAAUUUAUCAUAUAUGUUAGUGGGUAGCAAAUUCUCUUAGUGGGAGUUAAGGUUAUGUAAAAUCAAGAGUCAUGAGAGUUGAACCAAAUAAAUACUAUGUUAGUGGGAGUUAUGCCUAUUGAAGAUUAUGUUAGUGGGAGAAAUGAGAGUUAUAGACAUUUAAAUGUAAUUCAUAGAUAUGUGAUUUCAAGGCCUAUAUAAUCAUGUACUGUAGCAAUUUUAUUAAGAAAUAAGUGAAAUAAUAUAUUUCUUCCUCCAUUUCUCUUUCAAAUUA